GCCGGCUUUCCUUCCAUCCUUUCUUUCCCCACACUCUUCAUCUCUCUUCUCUUUUUCUCCAACGAGGCGCUUUUCUCCCCCUACAAGAAAAAACUCACAAGGCGGGGCUGGCCGCGGUGGGCCCGAGCUCGACACACCAUCUCGCGACUCUUACGCCUUUUUGCUAGUCUAUCUCAAUUUUUUUCCCUGCACACGCUUACCCAGUUGACAGAACGCCACACCAUGAUGGUAGUGGGCAUCGGCUAGCGUUGUACCGGCGGGGCGAACGGGCUUGCCCAUAACUCGUAGAAAAGCACGCCGGCUGCCCUCCUUGAGUCGUCCAAUUUCUCUGGUGUACUCAUUUGAACUCUUUUUGCUGAGGCUUGUGUGUCUCUGUGCUUAGUUUCAUUUUCCAGGUUGCGCUGCGAGAUAUACCCUGCCUGAAACUGCUUCCUAUUGCUGCUCAGCAGUUGAUUCACGAGAUCUGCUACCCCAGGAUUCAAAACAAUCACCCUCACACACACACAUUCACACACACAGACUCGCCCACCAUGGCUGGCGGCGUCAAGAAACCCGUCAACGUCUUCAAGCUCAAGAACCUCGACGAGCCAAAUGGCGUCUUCAACUGGCGCCUAUGGUUUGCCGUCGCUUCGUUUGGUCUGCUCGGUGCUGCUCGCGGCAUCGACGAGGGCCUCAUUGGCAGCGCCUUGAAAACAAAGGAUCUCCAGAACAGCAUCGGCUGGUCGCAUCUGUCGAAAGCGGACCAGGCCAACACCAAGGGUAACAUUGCUGCCAUGGUCCAGAUCGGCUCCGUCGGCGGCGCUCUGCUUGCUUUCCUUGUCUGCGAUCGAAUCGGUCGUAUCAACGCUACCCGCUUCCUCUGCGCCCUGUGGAUGGUUGGUACCGCCAUCUUCAUGCUCGGUGGGCACUUUAGCAACCUGGGCGCCAUCUACGCCGGCCGAUUCAUUGCUGGUCUUGGUGUCGGCCAGACCACCGUCGUCGGACCCGUCUACAUUUCAGAAAUUGCUCCCGCUUCCAUUCGUGGUCUCUGCACAUGCGCCUUCACUGGUGCCGUGUACAUUGGCAUCGUCCUCGCCUACUUCACAAACUAUGGCGCUGGCCUCCACCUCAAUGACACCGCCAACCAGUGGCUUGUCCCUACUAGCUUGCACAUCAUGAUGUCGGGCAUCAUUCUCAUUCUUAUGUUUUUCCAGAUUGAAUCUCCUCGCUACUUCGUCAUGAAGGGCAAAUCUGCCGAAGCUCACAACGCCCUUGCCGCUCUUCGCUGCCAGAGUGCCGACUCCGACUACGUUGUUUCCGAGAUUGCUCAGAUCCAGGCUGCCUACGACCACGAGAUGGAAGCCACCCGUGGCAUUGGAUUCAUGGGCAAGGUCAAGGAGAUGUUCUUGGUUCCUAGCAACCUCUACCGUGUCUGGCUUGCUACCAUGGUCCAAAUCAUGGGUCAAUGGUCUGGUGCUGGUUCCAUCACCAUCUACGCUGCUGAUCUGUUUGAGCUCCUCGGUAUUACGGGACAAAACGAGGGGUUGCUCGUCACCGCCGUCUUUGGCAUCAUCAAGGCCAUCGCCUCCAUUGUUUGUGCGCUGUUCCUUGUCGACGUCAUUGGUCGCAAGCGCUCGCUGCUGCUCGGUAUUACCCUCCAGUCGCUGUCCAUGGUUUAUGUGGCGGCUUUCCUCACCUCGUUCCCCCAGCUUGGUGUGGUCCCUCAUUUCAAGGUCCCUGCGGACAAGCUUGGUGCAAGCCGUGGCGCUGUUGCCAUGAUCUAUCUUAGUGGCUGUGGCUGGGCGCUCGGUUGGAACUCUAUGCAGUAUCUCUUGACCGCUGAGCUGUUCCCGCUGCGCAUUCGUGCCCUCGCCACGUCCUUCUCCAUGACCCUGCAUUUUGCCAACCAGUACGGAAACUCGCGUGCUGUCCCCAACAUGCUGCUCCCCACCGCCAAUGGUGGUAUUUCCCCCAUGGGCACUUUCUGGUGCUUUGCCGCCGUCACCAUCCUCGGUGGUCUCUGGGUGUGGUUCUUCGUUCCUGAGACUGGUGGCCGUACUCUGGAAAGCAUGGAUCGCCUCUUUGAUCUGCCGUGGUACAAGAUUGGUCUUCACGGCAACAAGGAUGCCGAGCAACAGGACAUUGUGCACGACGAAAAGGCGCGCAUGGCCAACGAGACGCUGGGCCAACACGACCACGUCGAGAACAGACCGCAGGCCGUUUAAUACGCCCACUUCAUGGGUUGAGCCAUACACAUAUAGUAAUGCGUUUUUAAUGAAUCAAGUCAAAAUGAAUAUACACUGCAAACAGUACCAAAUUGUGGGUUUAAAGUGUAUUAAAUGGUGAAUGUAUUGUGCUAAAUUACUUAUCAAUUAUGACAUUAUCCAAACAGGAAAAAAAAGAAAUACGCUGGCAGGCUAAGCAUGUACAAGGGUGGGUUGGCGGGUUUAUAUACAGAAGAGAAAGGAAGGUAGGGAAUCCUAAGAUUGGUUUAGGAGGUGCACUUGAAACCAUGGGCAUCAUGGACAUUCUCGCAGUGGUAGUUUUGGGAUGGCUUGCCGUUCUGGCCGCGCUUAAUGUUGAAGUUUGUAAGGGUAACGUCGUUGCAGCCGCCAGCCGCCUUGCUGCACUGCAGAUGAGCAACCUGGUCGACGCGAUCGUUGGUCCAACCAAAGAUGUUAUUGCCCUUGACGUUCUGGAACUUGAACUUGGACGUCUGGCAGUCCUCGCCAAGGUGGCCCUCGUAGUUCUCGCACUGCCAGAUGAAGAAAGGAGACUCGCGGGUGCCUUCGAGGUUGAUGUUUUCCACUGUAAUGUUGCUGGCAACGCCAAUGCCGCCGCCGCCGCCGUUAGGGGGGUAGCCGCGAGAGACGCCGCCCCACGACUUGAGGUAGAUGGCGUGGGCAGUGUGGUGCAUGGUGAUGUUGUUGGCGUAAAAGUUGGAAAUGUACUCGUAUUUGCCGUCGUACUGGCCAACAGAGCCAAUAGCCAAGCCCUGGCCGCCCCAGAAUUCGGAAUCCAGCACGCGGAUGUUGGACGAGUUGCCCUUGAGGGCAAUAGAGUCGUCGCCCUGUGUGACCUUCCAGCGGCGGAAGGUGAUGUCGUCGGACCAGAUGGUGUCGCACCCGUCCGUGUUGAGCGUGUUCCACUUGGAGGCCGAGGUGUUGUUGACGUAGAUGUCGCGGAGCUCGACGUGCUGCGAGUAAGUAAUAGCCAUGGUCCAGAACUGGCUCUGCACGAAGCGGACGCCCGAGACGACUGAGUUGGUCAACUUGCGCCAGUUAAUCAUCAUGGGGCGACGGUGCAGGUUGCCCUGGUUCUUGGCCCAGUCGUACCAGACCUGGCCGUUGCCGUCGAGUGUGCCGACGCCGUGGCCGAAGAAUUGGACAUUGUUGCCGCCAAAGUACCAGGCUGUCGACUGGUUCUGGAAGCCAAUGGGCAUGGAGACAGACAGCCAGUAGGGGAUAUCGGUGCUCCAGAGGAAGCGGCCAAAGUGGUGAAUAAUGACAUCGUCCAGGGCCGUUGUGGUCAUGUUGGACUUGAUAUUGUAUGUAGGGCCCGGGAACACGACAAAGGAGUUGGAUCGGCAGUUUUCAUUGAGGGCGUCCAUGAUGGCAGGAGCAUCGUCGCCGCCUUUGGGGUCCGGGCGGACAAUGCAGACCUUGCGGCCAGCAGUCGAAGCUGCCUUUGCCCAGAAUGCAUCGUCGGUGGCACGAGUAGCGAGGUUAUGGUCGACAAAGGGCUCGUCACGGGGCAGCAGCCACGGGUAGGACGAGAUGUCCUGCUCCUGCUGGGCAUUGUAGAGCGGCGAGGUGACGGCGGCCGCCAGGGGUAGGGCGAGGGCGAGGGUCGACAACGAGCGCAUGAUGGUGAUGGUUUGUUGCUGGCUUGGUUCGGUGUGUGUGAAUUAUGGGAAUAAGAGCAACGAUUCCGGGUUAGACUCGUCUAUUAAAAUAGAAAAUGCGAGCAACGGGCCUGGCGCGAGUAUUUCCAGAGCGCGCGCGCGUUUGUUGCACAAUGUGGUCGCUGGUGGUGGUGUUCCUGAGACAAGUGUGCCGUCUACCGCAGGCUGAUACAAGGGGACAGGCGCCAAAAAGGGCAAUGUUAAAGUGGAUGGAGCCCUUGGUGCCGUGUACCCGACUGCUAUGAGCCAAGAGAACAAAGAGAAACGGGCUUGAGACAGGGGCGCGAAAACGGGUGAAUUGACGUGUUGUAUGGCGAAGAUGCUGAAGAGAAGAGAAAAAUGAGACUGCGACCGGACAGUUCUAAAUGUGUUUGAAUUUAUUUAUUUUUUUUCGCUAACCUCUCGUCGCCGAGGGGGCUCAAGCGGUCUAGACGCAGCAAACCAGGCUGUGCUUGGGCCCCUGCUCCAGAUGGUUGUAGGGGACCACAGGCAGCCCAUGAAUCGGGCCGGUGGGGGCCUGUAGUCCUGCACAGGUGAGUAGCCUGGUAGGUUACAGCGCGUUUCUAGAUGUCGUUGCAGCGCAUGACGGCGCGGAGAUUUAGCGGAUGCGACGCUGGCGUGGCGAAAGCCGGGGUGAAACGAACUUGGCGAAACAAUUCUCUAGAG